UCUCAGACUAGCUAGACCUGGUGGAGCAGGCAAUAGUGGGAUUACCGGAUGAGGUGAAAUUCCAGCGUAUUAUGAGGUACGUGCUCCAUAGGCACCAUCAGGAGGUACAAAAGGUUGUGGAUGCAGCCCAUGGCAGUUGGGCAAGGUUUAGGGAGAGCAUGCUGCGCAAGUAUCGGUUGGGUGAUGGGUUGCUCACCAUCUCAGAUCUUGAGGGAAUGAACAAGGAUGACUUAACCACGAUAGGGGCCUUCGUACAGGAGUUUAAGAAGAAGGCAAGGAAAGUUCACGGGAUCUCUGAGGAAAGGCAGUGCGCCAUCUUUUUGGGACUGCUCACUGCGUCAGAGGCAGCCGAAUUGACGAGUCAUGGAGGAGGCAGCGCAAAACUUACCUGGGCCAUCAUCGACAGAGGAGUGGAGGAUGAGAGUUUAGACCAGGUAGAGCAGCAUCAGAUGCACCUGCAAAGAAGGAAGAGGAAGGAGAGGGACGCUACUGCAUCAGAGACCCCGGGAGUAAAGAGGAUAGUCACUGAUGUACUUGCGGCGUUGGGCGACGACCAGGAUGCCGAGGCGCAAAAAAAGGUGGUAGCCGUGGUCCAAGGCCGGGGAAAGGAGGCACCUCCACGGAAGAGACCUGAGCCUGAGCAUAGGAAGGAGGUGGUCGAAAUCCAGGAAGAAGAGGAAGAGGAUGAUGACACGAAGGAUGAGAGACUCCGUCAGGAGGAGGAUCGUCAGGAGGAGGAUCGUCAGACGGAACAAAGAGCUCAGAGAAGAGAGGCUCAGGAGAGAGUCGAGCCAGGUCCACAGGACAGGGUGCCCAGGAAGAGAAAGUACACCAUCAGGUUGGAGGAAGACUUCGACGUGGAGAGGAUGGUGGACCGGCUCCUUGAAGGUCAUAAUGACCUUAUGAACUUAAAAGAUAUUCUGGCGUCCGCGCCUAGAUUCCGGGAGGAAUUGAAAGAGCGAUUAUCUCGAAGGCUAGUGCCCAACGUUCAUCUAAGCGCAGUUCUGUCAAGGGAAGUGGGGUGGACACAAGCUGGGACAAGGUUGGAAAGGGAAGUGGGUACGGUUGUACACCUGGACCUGUUGUUUAUGCCAACUGGGAAAAAUGAGUGCAAUUACAUCUUCGAUGCCCGGGAUAACCUUACUGGGUUUGUGGACGGUCGGGCUAUCCGGACGAAGACUGACCCAGUUUUGGCAAAUUGCAACGAGGAGUAUUACCUGCGCUAUCCUUUCGUCAAGGAGUUCGUGAUGGAUCGAGGAUCGGAUUUUACCUGCAAUGAGGUGCGAACCUUACUUGCAGGGUAUGGGGUAGUGGCCAACUAUACCACGGUCGCGCACCCUCAAGCAAACGCUCCUGUGGAGAGGGGGCACAGUACCAUCACGAAUCUCUUGGCUAAGUGGACAGAGGGCAAGCCUGGUCAGCGGCCGAAAUUCCUGCGAGUGGCUUUCUUAAUGGAGAAUGUUACUGUGAAGAGGACUACCAAGUAUGCGUCAGCCACGCUAUGGUACGGGAGGCACACCACCUUUCCUAUAGAAAGCUUUAUGAAGACGUGGAGACGCCAGGACUUGGAAGUGAACCUGCCCUUCGAAGAACUGCUCGAUAUUCGGGCGCGGCAAGUGGGGGCGGCCGAGGAGAGAUUACGAGAGGUCGCUGGUCAGGUAGAGAGAAGCCGCAUGGAGGAUAAGAUGAGGUGGGACCAGAUGGCGCGCGUAAGGAAGGAGCCGUUGGCAGUGGGGGACGUCGUGUUACUGUACGACUCCUCUCUGGAGAAGCAAUGGUCGAGGAAGCUCGACAAGAGAUGGAUGGGCCCCUAUAGAAUUGUGCGAUGCGGCGAAUUUGGGGCAUACCAGAUCGAAGAGCUAAACGGGACGAAAUGGAAGGAUUGGGUAUCCGGGACGAGACUAAAGAAGUCUGACUUUUUGAAGGCAGCCAUGCAGAGGGGCGGGCGGGGCACGCGGCCACGACAGAGACCUCUCGGGGCAUCCGGAGGGGAGGAGCGGCAUGGGCCCUUCAAGAGAGAGCCUACACCCAUGUUUGAUGACAACAACAUCGAGCUCUUCUUGGACGCCUACCGAGAGCAUGCAGCCCAGAGAGGAUGGGACGUGUCUGAGAGGGUACGUCACUUAAGGGGAAUUGGGAGGUUCGAGGAGCCCAUUGCGCAAAUCAGAAAGGAGGCCCUGACUCGGUCGGAGGUAGAGGCGAGGAUGCAGAGAUUGAGAGCUUCGCCUUUGGGGAAUGAUGGGCUACCUAUCCGCUUGGAGGAAGGAAACGUGGAGGAGUUCAUCCCGGCAUACGAACAGUAUAUGAGCGAUCAGGGGGUUCCGAGGGAUGAGUGGGUGCAGGCGCUACUCAUUUGGACCAGAAGAGUGGAGCGUCCACUGGCGAGGCAGAUCCGGGGUCGGGCACGAGACUGGGAGGAUUGUUGGGCUCAGCUGAGGGAGGCGUUCCGGCGGCCGAAACCAGAGAGACCAGAACCCAGGGUUGAUAGAAGACGGCAGAGCAAAAGGUUAAGGGAUUUGGAGGCAAGAGAGCCGGUGGCAUCGAGAGGCGGCCGAAAAGCCUUGGCACAGCGGGAAGGAGGGCAAGCAGGACUAUCUAGGGCAGGGGAGUCCUUCCCUGCUUGUGGCCUCAGGCAGGUGGAGUUCCAUCCAGUCAUGGAGGGAAUGAGCCCUACGGAUCCAUCUGGAGGGGAGCGGACUCAUCCUGAGCCCGAGGCAGAGCCACUCUGGUUGAAGGGGGUAGGGGCGGAAGAUGUUAUUGUGGUGGAAGGUGAUACUCCUCCCGACUCCCCAGCUCGAGUUCAGGCGCGGCGGUCUUGGCCAGAGGGCGUCCCAAAGCCAGACAGCCAGGAGGCCCCAGUACCACCACCAGAAGCCGCUAUGUCACCCAGGCAGGAGGAUGAGGCACGGGGACCGGAAGAAGGGUGGAGAGCUGAGCCCCGCCUAGUCAUUGAUUCACAUUUAGCCUUGCAUGCAACUGAGCACCCUGACAUUGAGGAGCCCAGCCUGGUUGGGCCAUCAUCGGGGCCAGCAUGUACUGAGUCAGAGGAGGGCUCGCAAGUGGUAACUGGGGGAGUCGUGGAGGCAGGCACAGGAAAUGAGCCAGACGAAGGCGCCCAGGCAAAGCGUGCCAAGGAGGCUGAGUGGGAGGGAAAGCUCAAGGAAAUGGCGGCCGCAAUGGAAAGACUUGUCGCUACCAAGGUGAUCGACUGGACUGAGCAGAGCAGGUACGGCAUCCAAGGCGAGGGGGUGCAGGAGCUGUUUGGCCAAGAGGAGGCAGCAGAGGCAUUUCGGCAAGAGAAGUUGGGGAAGGUAUUUCUGGACCCAACUGAGGCAGAGGGAAGAAAGGAAGCCAACAAGGGAAGCUUUGAGUUCAAGGCUCCCACUGAGCUGGCUUCGCAGCAGGAGGCCCCUACUUCGGCAGAUACCCCUAUGGAGGCGCUUACCCAAGAACCCCAACCUAUACCAGUAGAAGAGGGGGCGGCUGAGGAGUCACUGGCGAUCCUUCUGGAUGUACAGGAGGGGACUCUCACUGGAGCGGUGGAGCCUCCGCAGCUUGAGGCGCAGGGGAAGAAGUCGUCACGUCUGGACGAGUUGGUAGCUGCUAUGGAGGUGAAUAUGCCGCCGGAGGAGCCUCAGGAGCAGAGGACCCCGGAGCACGAGCCAGAGAUGGGGGAAUUGAGGGCACACCUGGGCUCGUGGGCCACUGGGACCGAUUCGGGGGGACCAACUACUGAUCAGCGGCAGCAGGAGGCCACGAGCCAGCCUACUAGAGCCGCUACUCCCCAGACUCCGAGGCCUCGCGAGAGUGAGGAAGCGGCUAUGGCAGAGGAAACCCGCGAGGGCAGGCCACUGAGGUUGGAUACCCCUGAGUACCAACCCGAGGGAGAGAUGCAGCGAGGGGAGUCAAGUACCCAGGGAAUCAAAGGAGGAGCUGAAGGACCAUGGCACCUGCCCCAGAGUCAUGAAGCGAGCAAGGAGAGGGAAGAGGCACCUCCGUCGUCAGGGACCCAGGAAAAGAAGAAGAGGUUUCAAAGAAAAUCAGAGACCAUGUGUUUCUACUUCUUGGAUGGCAUGCAUAGGGCCCUGGAGUGUCCUAAGUUCCUCAAGGACAAGGUUGAGGGACGAGUCACUGAGCAGGAUGGCAAGAUGUAUGAUAGACAAGGCCGAGUGGUAGAGAGGGCUCCGGAUGGGGGUCGAGCCCAGUUGUAUAGGCAAAACCAGGAGGAGAUGAGCGAGUAGGGACUGGUUUGCCUAUACGCCAGUAGAGGUGA